AUGUUUGUCGUAGAAUAUUGCCAGGAUAGAAGUUGUUCUCUGUUGAAUAUACUAGAGGAAUAUAGAUAUUUAUUUUCAAUAGAUAUUGCGAAUUUUCAAUGUAUUUCUUGAUGAACAUAUCCAUUUCUUAAUGUUAAUGAUAUAUCUGAGAAUGUUUAUAGAUAUUUUGUUUCAUUCUUAUAGAUUAUGGCACUUUCGACUUCGUUAUAGUAGGAGGUGGAGUAGCUGGCACACUUUUGGCUAACAGACUUUCAGAAAUAGCCGAUUGGAAAAUUCUCCUACUCGAAGCGGGUGGACCAGAAACUGAUUUCUCUGAUAUUCCUGGAAUGAGCGCAUAUCUGAUGUUCACAGAUAUGAAUUGGGGUUACUAUGGUGAACCACAAACACAGGCUUGCCUUGGAAUGAUAAAUACUUCUUGUUCUGCUCCUAGAGGCAAGGUGCUUGGAGGAACCAGUGUGAUAAAUGGAAAGAUGUUCGUAAGAGGUAACGAAGAGGAUUUCAACUUAUGGGAGACGAUGGGAAACGCUGGCUGGUCUUAUGAUGAUAUUCUUCAAUAUUUCAUCAAAUAUGAGAAUUAUCAUAUAUUCAAUGCUGAUCCUCUUUAUCAUGGGACAACCGGUCCAUUGGAUGUUGGUUAUACAGAACCCACUAUUAUAACGGACACUUAUAUAAAUGCGAUGAGAGAGUUGGGAUAUCCAUGGGUGGAUUUCAAUGGAAAAAAUCAAAUUGGAUCAUCACAGGUUGUAUUGACGAUCAAAGGAAAUAAAGUGUCAACAGGAGGAAGAGCAUUCAUCGAUCCAAUUAUUAGUAGACCAAAUCUAAAUGUAACCCUCAAUGCCUUUGUGAUUAAAGUGAUGAUUACCAAUGGCACAAAAAGGGCGCAUGGUGUACGAUUCAUCAAAGACGGUGAGAUAUAUGAAGUGGGAGCCUCAAGGGAAGUAGUUCUUUCUGCUGGAACUUAUAAUAGCCCGCAGUUGUUGAUGUUAUCAGGCAUAGGACCAAGAUCGGAACUGACGAGACAUAAUAUAAGUCUGAUUGAAGAUCUUCCUGUUGGAAGUUACCUCCAGGAUCAUCCUUUGUUCAUUGGGCUGGUUUUCAAAACCAACCAAAGCUUAUUCAAUGAAUCAUUCGAUGAAAUGAUGUUGGGAUAUUUGAAUUCUCAACGACCAUUCACAACCAGUUUUAAUCUCGACUCUAUGGGUUUCUUGAAUGUGAACGAUAGUAAGAACACUGUUCCAGAUAUUCAACAUAUGGUAAUGGGAUCCCCAGGUUUCAAUUUACUCAUUGAUAAAAUCCGGAAUCUGAAUGAUGAAACGAUAGCUGCUUAUAUUAAAGAUUAUAAUCCAAACACAGAUCUUAUCAUGAUGACAGCCCUGCUUCAUCCAAAAUCCAAAGGAUCAGUCACUCUGAGAUCAAAUAACCCCCGUGAUUUUCCGAUCAUAAAUCCCAAUUAUUUAUCCGAUCGACAAGGAUCCGAUAUAGAUACAUUAUAUAAUGGAAUAAAACACACACUGAAGUUACUUGACACCAAAGCAUUCAUGUCAAUCAAUGCUUCACUUAUCUCUGUAGUAGCUGGAUGUGACCAAUAUCCCCAGUUCUCCAGAGACUACUGGUAUUGUGCUAUCAGACAUCUGACAACGACUGGUUAUCAUCCAGUAGGAACAACAAGAAUGGGACAUUCUAGACACAAUUCAGUGGUUACUAAUGAACUGAUGGUUCAUGGAAUGGAAAAUCUCAGGGUGGUUGAUGCUGGUGUCAUGCCAGAAAUUAUUUCUGGAAAUAUCAUGGCGGCCACAUACAUGAUAGCCGAAAAGAUAGCAGAUGAUAUUAAACGUCAUUUUCGUCAAUUUCAAUGA